AUGGAUGGGUAUUGCUUGGUUAAGGAAGUGAAUAUUGCAAAACACGUAUUCUACACUAUGACCCAAAUGGGAGUAAAUCCAAAUGUUCACAGCUAUAGUAUCAUGAUUAAUGGAUUAUGUAAGAUUAGAAGGGUGGAUGAGGCCAUGAAUCUCUUAAAUAUGGUUCCUACUACAGUGACUUACAGUUCUCUUAUUGAUGGAUUGUGCAAGUUAGGGAGAAUCUCUUGUGCUUGGGAUCUUAUCGAUGAGAUGCACCAUAGAGGUCAGGCAGCUGAUGUAAUCACCUACACUUCGUUAUUAGAUGCUUUUUGCAAAAACCAGUACCUUGACAUGGCAAUUGCAUUAUUUAAGAAAAUAAAAGAACGGGGGAUUCAGCCAGAUGUGUACACAUACACGGUACUUAUUGAUGGACUAUGUAAAGGGGCAAGACUUAAGAGUGCACAAGAGCUUUUUCAACAUCUUUUGAUUAAAGGCUAUCAUCUAAAUGUUUGGACGUAUAAUGUCAUGAUCAGUGGACUUUGUAAAGAGGGCUUGUUUGAUGAAGCUUUGGCCAUGAAGUCAAAAAUGGAAGAUAAUGGUUGCAUCCCGAAUGUUGUAACUUUUGAAAGAAUUAUUUGUGCUCUUUUUGAAACAGAUGAGAAGGAUAAGGCUGAGAAACUUCUACGUGAAAUGAUUGCUAAAGGCCUAUUGUAG